AUGGAGGGGAUGGCUCCCAAUUCAUGUGGAAGGCCUGUUUUAGAGAAGAAAGCAAGGCCACAAGAGCAACUGAAUUGUCCAAGGUGCAAUUCAACGAACACAAAGUUCUGUUAUUACAACAACUACAGCCUCACACAACCCAGAUACUUCUGCAAGACAUGUAGAAGGUAUUGGACAGAAGGAGGGUCUCUGAGAAACGUUCCAGUUGGAGGUGGUUCAAGAAAGAACAAGAAGGUGUCUUCAGCAGCAGGAGCCACAGCUUCAUCAUCAUCAUCAUCAUCAUCAUCAAAGGUUCCAGACCUAAACCCCCCAAACCUCUCGGUCUCGGUCUCAGCUCUAUCUUCCCAAAACCCUAAAAUAAUGCAUGGUGGCCAAGAUCUGAACCUGGCCUUCCCAGCUAUGGACAAGUAUCAUCAUGGCAUGUCCCCUUAUGUUGAGAUGCAAAACAGUGACACCACCCCUCAUCACCAAAACUCUCCUUCUUGUUCUGCUCCUCCAACUUCUCUGUCAGCUCUUGAGCUGCUAAGGUCCAGCAUGGCAUCCAGGGGUUUGAACCCUUAUGCUCCUUCUUCAUUGAUGCCAAACUCAGCAAAUAACAAUGCCCUUUACCCAUCAGGAUUUCCCAUGCAAGAAGUUAAACCAAGCCUUAGUUUUUCCUCAGUUGAUGGGAUGGGAAAUAGAUCAUAUGAUCACCAGGUCCAAGAGAGGGGUGGCAGAGUUUUGUUCCCUUUUGGAGAUGUCAAUAAACAGCUUUCUGCUGCAGGAUCUGCUGAAGUGGAACACAAUAAAGAACAACAACAACAACAACAAGGGAACUCAACUGGAUAUUGGACUGGGAUGAUUGGUGAAGGGACAUGGUAA